UUCAAACCUGAAGCGGCGCUCUUCUUUACAGGAAAACAUUGACGCUCUGUGACGACCGUCCGCGAGUUUUUCCGGCAUUUCGCAUUGGAUUUUGUCUGAAAUUAACAUUUACCCAAAAUGUCUUCUACGAAAAAGCAGAUUUACUAUUCCGACAAGUAUUCCGACGAGGAAUACGAGUACAGGCAUGUUAUGCUUCCCAAGCAGCUUUCCAAGCUGGUGCCGUCCUCCCACUUAAUGUCAGAGGAGGAAUGGAGAGGACUGGGAGUCCAGCAAAGUCAGGGCUGGAUCCAUUACAUGAUCCAUAAACCAGAGCCCCACAUUCUGCUAUUCCGAAGACCGCUUCCCAAGGAAUGAAAUUUCAAGACUAUCAUCGGAAGUUAAACUACAUGGUUGGAUCUGACCAUAAGUGCAUUUCUUUCCAAAAGUUGUGAUUUGUAUAUAAGUUUUAUUAUUUGCAGAUCAGUGGUAAUGAAAUGUUACUCCUCCUCCCCCUUUCAUUCGGAGAACCGAUGGCAGCAGGGAGCCCCGGGGGAAUUGGCUGCCUCCUCCAAAGUGUUUUAUUUAGAUCUACACACUGAAGUCAUGUAAAAUAAGUUGGAUGGUGUUUCAGGUCAAGUAAUCGCCCCAGUCGUGAUUCGUGAAUAGAAGGACUAGUUUUUGUUGUACACUACUAUGCUUUUUGUUGCUGAACUGCUUUUGUUAACAUCUCCAUCUUGUAUUUUGAGCAGUCAACAUGUGUUUGUUCAAUUGUUGUUGACAAAUCAAUAAAUUUUAUUUUUAUUA